CGUGCCAUCUUUCUCGCAUAUUAAGCGCUGAAACCGACGUACACACUGUCCCCAUUUUCUCUCUCUUCCCUGUCUUGUCUAUUCUCACUUUCUCCCAUUCUCUCUCUCUCUCUCUCUCUCUGCUCCAUUUCAGUGCUGUCUUCUCCCCACCACCCCACUCUCCCUUUCUCUUUCUCUCACACUCAUCCUAUCAUCAUCAUCAUCAUCAUCCUCAACAUGCCAUCCCCUUUGACCCUUCUUCUUCCCUUCUGUCUCAACGCCGCCGUUUCAUUCACCACAACAUGCUGUUGACUAUUCACCCUUCCAACUCUCACUUUCCCCACUUCUCCUUUGCCUUUCCCCAUCUGGGUAUGCUCCAUUUUCUCCAUUCCCUGAAAAAGACUCAUUUUUUAUUGCUGUCUCCAAUAAACACAAUGAGUUCAAGCUUCAAGACAUGGGAUGUCGGAUUUGCACUUGGAAAUGAAAGAGAGGCAACGUUGGAGAGCUGAAGAGGAUGCUUUAUUACGUUCUUAUGUCAAACAGUAUGGUCCUAGGGAAUGGAAUCUUGUUUCUCAGCGCAUGAACACACCUCUCAACAGGGAUGCAAAGUCAUGCUUAGAAAGGUGGAAGAACUACCUCAAGCCUGGCAUCAAGAAAGGAUCUCUCACCGAAGAGGAGCAGCGCCUUGUAAUCCGGCUUCAAGCAAAAUACGGCAACAAAUGGAAGAAAAUUGCAGCAGAAGUUCCAGGUAGAACUGCCAAGAGGUUAGGGAAGUGGUGGGAAGUGUUCAAAGAGAAGCAACAAAGAGAGAAGAAAGAACUCAAUAGAAUCCCUGACCCAAUUAACAACAGCAAGUACGAGCACAUACUUGAGAGUUUUGCAGAAAAACUAGUAAAGGAACAACAUCCUUCACCAUCAUUUGUUAUGUCUGCUUCUGAUGGGACAUUUCUGCGUACUGAUACACCAGCACCUGCAUCAUCCUUGCUUCCUUCUUGGCUUUCCAAUUCAAGUAGUGCUGCUGCUGGUCCAAGUUCCCUUUCUGUGACACUAAGUCUUUCUUCUGCAACAGUUGCUGCAGCUCCAUUCUCAUGGUUGCAACCUGAUAGGGGACAAGACAAUGCACCUUUUGCUUUGGGAAAUAUACCAGCUUUUAGUGAAAAUAUGCUGAUAUCUCAGAUGGUGGAGCACUGCAAAGAGUUGGAAGAGGGGCAAAGAGCUUUGAGUGCUCACAAGAAGGAGGCAGCUUGGAGGUUAAGCCGGGUGGAGUUGCAGUUGGAGUCAGAGAAGGCGAGCCGGAGAAGGGAGAAGAUGGAAGAGUUUGAAGCAAAGAUUAAGGCUCUUCGAGAAGAGGAGAGAGCUGCUUUGAGCAGAAUCGAAGCAGAGUACAAAGACGAGUUUGCUGCAUUGAAGAGAGACGCCGAAAACAAGGAACAAAAGUUGGCAGAACAAUGGGCUGCAAAGCAUUUGCAGCUUACUAGGUUGCUAGAGCAGAUAGGAUGCAGAGCAGGGUUCCUUGAGCCAAAUGCAAGAUGAAGAUGUCAUUUUGAAAAAUGGAUUUGGUGGUUCUCUUGUGACUUGCAGAUUACAAGAUGAUGAUAUUUUUAUGUUAAAACUGAUAUAGGUGUUUUUGUGACUUUAUGCUUUUUGUGAUCUUGGUAUAUUUGUGUUGUAGAUGUGUCCUAUCUGUUCCUACAACUUGAGUAUUUUCUGUGAGCACUUGAAUUAUAGUAUCACUUCCAAGUACGUGACUUAGUUAUAUUCUUCACCAUACUUGCCUCCAAAUUCUUUUCUUGGAGUGGCAUUAGGUGAAUGGUUGGUUUAUGUAAUUGUAUCUAAUCUUCAGACAUGUUUGAAGCUUUCCCACAAACACUUCUAGAAAGAGUAAAAUAAAGUAAAAAUGAAAUGAUUUAUUCCA